CAUUUGGAAAUUCUAAGCUAGUUGAUCAUGAUUAUUACAGGCCUAGAAUCUAUAAGACCAAUGUGGCAAUAUGUCUGGAUUGUACGAAGCUUAUUCAUGUUGAUAAUGUAAAACUAACAAAGACAUUUCAUAAUGCUAGAAGUAGAUACGUUAAAAUUAUCAAGCCUAAGGAUUUGAUACAGAAACAUUGGGAUCACAAGU